AUGCCCAGUGCACGAUACGCGUCUCAUCCGUCAGCUUCAAUAAGGUCCUUCGUCUUUAAGGAUAUCGUCACGUUACUGGCGAUCCAUAGACUUGGGACGAAAAAAAUAACUGCACCAAUUCGUUCUCCAGCCAGACUUCAGGAAAAUAUUCAAAAAUUCAUGAUGAAAGGAAUUACGCACGUUGUCCAAUUGUCACGUUGCCAUCUAUUUCUUCUGGUACUUUUUCUUUCGGGAUGCGCCAACGCGGAAAUCGAAAGACGCACCACGAGGCAAUUGGUAGAAGAUGCGCCGGAAAAUCUGGCAUCUAAUUUGAACAAAGAUUGCGGGAAGUCAUAUAGUGCCACGUGUCUUAAGUUGGACGUGGUAUCCUUCCUGGAUAAAUUAUCGGAGCAGGAAAACAUCGGUAUCUUACCAGGUGUAUCUGUGAUCAAAGAGAAUGGUUCCGCUGAUGUUCCAGCUUCGGAAGUAGUCGCCAAUUUGGCGAGGGAUUUUCCAAAUGAUGUUGAAAAAAGGCUAGAUGCCUAUUUGAUUCACAAAGUUGGCAGUUAUCUUAACAGCCAUUCGAUUUCCAUCAAACUUUUUGAUCCGAAAACUUUUGAAGCUACCAGAAGCUUCAACGAAGAGACACUUGCGCAACUCGGCUUGGGUGGCAAUCAAAAUGUUGAAACAGGACGUAAAAAAGACAAAGGCGGUUAUGGUGGUUUAAUGGCCGGUUUGAUGAUGAUGAAGGGAACCCUCGGGGCAAUUGGAUUUGGCGCACUCGCGCUUCUUGCCGGAAAAGCUCUGAUGACCGGUCUCAUGGCGUUGAUGUUGUCUGCUAUCAUUGGAUUAAAAUCUUUAGCGAGCGGUGGCGAUAAAAAGACUACGUACGAAAUUGUUAGCAAACCGGUAUAUUCCAGCUCGCAUACGCAUAGCUCAGAGGAGCAUCACGGACAUGGAUACGGACAUUCCGGAUACGGAAGGUCUCUCGAUACCGUCCAUGACUCUCUUCAACAGGCCGUACUAAAAUACGGCAACGCGCACGAUCGUAGAUCGCUUCUGCAGAAUUAA